AUGCAAAAUACUAUCAAAACUAUUGUUCAGCCAUAUAAUCAAAAUUUAGAUUUAGAAGUUGAAUAAUCUAUUUCAGUUAAGGAAUUAUUUGAAUACAUAAAGACCUUUUUGAAGUAUUGUUAUGUUACCUAAAUAGAAUUAAUAAUGAUGCAAAACAUUGGACAUGUUAUUCUAAAUUAGAAUGCAAGUAUUUAGAUGUAAACAGUUAAAUAAGAAUUGUCUAAAAUAAUAGGUUAAUCAUCAAUACUUAACCUUUUUCAAAUAGUCAAACUGGAGUGCAAACGAAUGAAAAUUAAGAAUAAUUUUCAUAAUAAACAGUAUAUAACAACAAUCUAAUUCAAGAUUAAUAAUCAAUUAAUAAUCAACAAAUUACAACUACAUAAUAAUAAUUCAACAAUGAAGAUUAAUAAAGUAAUAAGGAAUAGUAAAAAAUAGACUCAAAUUAAUAAAAUUCAAUUCCAAAUAAAAAUGACAAAAACUAAGAAUAAUUAAAAGAUCAUUUGCGGAUUUUAUUUGAAAUAUAAGAUGGAAAUAACAAAAGACUUUUCUCAUCAAUAUACCAUAAAUCUACUUUAUUAUAUAAAUUACAAGAUGAAGUGCUUUAAUAUUUAGGAAUACCAAAGUAUUAAUUUUUUUUAUCAUUAGGGAUGCAGCUACUUGUGAUUUUUUCAUUUUUAAUUUUAUCUAAAAACCUUAUCAUUACAACUUAACACUAGAAUAGCUCUAGCUUAAGGACAAUAUGUGCUUACCAGUUCGAUUGAGAUGGUAUGGAGGCAGUGUUUACUGA